AGCCCGUGGAAAAAAGUGACAUUUUCAACCUGAGGCCGUCUCUCUGCUUCGUCAAAGACAUCUUGCGGGUUGCGCGAAUUCGAAAAAGUGUGCGGAAAAUCAGCCCGGAAAGUGCUCCAUUCGUGUGGAAAACUACGGAAGACGGUGUCCCGGCCAGAACAAAACUAACAAAACAUGGCUGCCAGCACUAGCGGUGAUAAAGCAGCGGAUGAUUCACUUUACCCGAUCGCGGUCCUAAUCGACGAGCUCAAAAAUGAGGACAUUCAGCUUCGCCUAAACUCGAUCAAAAAGCUGUCCACGAUCGCGCUCGCGCUCGGCGAGGAACGCACCCGCACCGAGCUGAUCCCGUUCCUGACGGAGACGAUCUACGACGAGGAUGAGGUGCUGCUGGCGCUGGCCGAGCAGCUGGGCAACUUUACCGCCCUCGUCGGCGGGCCGGACUUUGCGAUGUACUUGAUUCCGCCGCUCGAGUCGCUCGCCACCGUCGAGGAGACGGUGGUGCGGGACAAGGCGGUCGAGUCGCUCCGGAUCGUGGCGGCCCAGCACAGCGCCCAGGACCUGGAGGUGCACGUGGUGCCGACGCUGCAGCGGUUGGUCUCCGGGGAUUGGUUCACCAGCCGUACGUCGGCGUGUGGGUUGUUUUCGGUGUGCUACCCGCGGGUGUCGGCCGCCGUGAAGGCCGAGCUGCGCAACAACUUCCGGCAGCUGUGCCAGGACGAGACGCCGAUGGUGCGCCGGGCUGCGGCCGGCAAGCUGGGCGAGUUCGCCAAGGUCGUCGAGGUGGAGUACCUCAAGUCGGACCUGAUUCCGAUGUUUGUGCAGAUGGCGCAGGACGAUCAGGAUUCGGUCCGACUGUUGGCCGUCGAGGCUUGCGUCAGCAUCGCCCAGCUGCUGCAGCAGGACGACGUGGAGCAUAACGUUAUGCCAACUCUGCGUCAGUGCGUCAACGAUUCGUCCUGGCGCGUGCGUUACAUGGUUGCGGAGAAGUUUACCGAUCUACAGAAGGCCGUUGGUCCGGAAAUCACCAAGACCGAUUUGGUUCCGGCGUUCCAGUAUCUGCUGAAGGACACCGAGGCGGAGGUUCGUGCCUCGGCCGCUACCAAGGUGACCGACUUCUGCUCGAAUCUGGACAAGGGCAGCCAGGAACAGAUCAUCAUGACCUCGAUCCUGCCGUACGUCAAGGAACUGGUGGCCGACCCGAACCAGCACGUCAAGUCUGCGCUGGCCUCCGUCAUCAUGGGACUGAGUCCGAUCCUCGGCCGGAACAACACAAUCGAGCAUUUGCUUCAGCUGUUCCUGCUGCAGCUGAAGGACGAAUGGCCCGAGGUCCGGCUGAACAUCAUCUCCACCCUGGACUGCAUCAACGACGUCAUCGGAAUCCAGCAGCUGUCGCAGUCGCUGCUGCCGGCCAUCGUCGAGCUCGCCGAGGACUCCAAGUGGCGUGUUCGGUUGGCCAUCAUCGAGUACAUGCCCCUGCUUGCCGGCCAGCUCGGCCAGGAGUACUUCAACCAGAAGCUGCGCGAUCUGUGCUUCAACUGGCUGAACGACCACGUGUACGCGAUCCGCGAAGCGGCCACCCUCAACAUGAAGAAGAUUGUACAGACAUUCGGCACGCAGUGGGCCGAAACGAACAUUAUUAAUCAGAUUUUGGUCAUGUACAAGAACAGCAACUAUUUGCACAGAAUGACCUGUCUGUUCUGUAUCAACGCGCUGGCCGACGUGGUCGGCGCCGACAUCAUCAAGCGGCUGUUCCUGCCCACGAUCAAGGUGCUGUCGACGGAUCCGGUCGCGAACGUGCGCUUCAACGUCGCCAAAACGCUGCAGAAGCUGUCGCCCUUCCUGGACCAGGCGGCGAUCGACGAGCACGUGAAGCCCAUUCUGGAGAAGCUAAACACCGACACCGACGUGGACGUCAAGUAUUUCGCCUCGGAAGCGAUGGUCGGAAUUGCCGGGCUAUGGGUCGGCAUGAAACCAACCAAAUCGCAACUGGGAACAGCAAAAUUUAUGUAUUUUUACGGCUCAAAGUUCGAGGAUCACGAAUCGUACGACCUGGACCAGGCGGAACAGAUCGUGAGCCACGAGAAGUUUGACGCGCGCAAAAAGACGGUCAUGUACUUCCACGGGUACAUCGAGUCGCCGGAGGUGGAGAGCGUACACGUGAUCGUGGACGCGUACCAGAAGCGCGGCGACCACAACCUGAUCGUGCUGGACUGGACGAAUCUGGCUGACGGGAGCUACCUGCUCGAGGCGGUGCCAAAUUGUUUGAAGCUUGGCCAGAAGCUGGGCAAAGUUAUACUUAACAUGGUCAACUUUGGCUUGGACGUCGAUAAGCUGCACAUCGUGGGCCACUCGCUCGGCGCCCAACUGGCCGGGUACGCCGGCCGCACUGUGAUAUCGCAAUCAGAUAAGAAGAUUAAGCUUAAGCGAAUCUCCGCACUCGAUCCAGCCUUCCCGCCGUUUUAUCCGGGCGUGUUUGUGACGCACUUGAGCGACAAGGACGCUGACUUUGUUGACGUGAUCCACACCGAUGCCUGGCUGUACGGCGCCCCGGUCAGUACCGGAACGGCGGAUUUUUGGCCCAACAAUGGUAAAACCCUGCAGCCCGGAUGCCCGAAAAGGAACUACAAGCCGCUCACGGACAACGAUUUGUGCAGCCACCGGCGGUCCUGGUGGUUCUGGGCGGAAAGCGUUGCCGAACGGGGGACACAGAGCUUCCACUCGGUCCGCUGCAAGUCCUGGGGGGACUUCAAGGAGGGCAAGGUCGACCGGUCCGGCCAGGUGGUGCACAUGGGCAUCGACUGCAGCUCGGACGCCAAAGGAGACUACUACCUGCAGACGAACGGCAGUCCGCCGUACUCCAAAGGAGUGUCGGGAGCCAAAUUUGAAUAGCAUUUUAAGGGCACAGGUGCUGGGUACUAGCACUUUUUAGGCGUUGUACAAAGAUUUGUUAUUAAAGUGGUAAAAAGUUACGAAGUAACUUAGUUAUGUAGGUAACUUUUAGUAAGACAGAAUCCAGGCGACAAUAAAAAAAAGUUAUAAAAUUUAAAGAAAA